AUGAAGUCUUCCAUCAUCCUCGGUGCUGGCCUUCUCUCUGGUGCCAUGGCUCAGGGCGCCUGUGGCACUGGCUGUAUCUCCGCCAUGCAGGGUCUCGCCUCUGACCUGGGCUGCACCGCCGGCGACAACGCCUGCCUCUGCCGCAACGCCAACUUCGCCUAUGGCAUCCGCGACUGCUCUUUCCAGAGCUGCGCCCAGGCUUCUGAUGCUGAGGCCGCUGUCGCCUCUGGUAUUGAGCUCUGCCGCCAGGCCGGUGUUGUUGUCACCGUGAUCCCCGGUGCCACUGUCACUCAGCCCACUGGCACUGUCACUGCCACUGCCACCGCCGCUCCGAUCGUUUCCUCGAUCUUCUCUGAGAUCACCUCUGGUGGCAGCACUCUGACCACUCUCCUUGGCGUCACUACCCUCACUGGUGCUGCCUCUGGUGGCGGCGAGUCUGCGACCCCUAGCCCGGUUUCCACCUCCACCUUCACCACUGUCAUCACCAGCGGCGAAUCUACCAUCACCUCCACUGGCGAGACCACCCUCUUCGGCAUUGGUGGUGUCCCCGGAGCCACCUCUGCUCCCCAGACUGCUGUCACUACCGAGCCCAUUGUUAGCACCAUCACCUCCGAUGGCAGCGUCAUCACCUCCACCAUUGGCUCGACCACUCUCCUCUCUUCCGUCACUGGAAGCGCGGCCUCUAGUGCUCUCUCCAGCCAGGCCAGCGAGGCUACUGGUGCCACCACCACUGGCGGUUCUGCUUCUGCCUCUGGCUCUGCCACUGGCACCGCUGCCAGCUCCAGCUCCAGCGGCCUUGCCAAGGCGACUGCUGUCCCCGUUGCUGGCUUCCUGGCUGCCGCUGGCUUUGCCGCCAUGUUCAUCUAA